CCCUAGCAACCGAAGCCGCAUCCUAGCAACAGGCGGGCGGGCGGGCGGGCGGCCACGGGUAAAAUGCCGGUGCUGGUCAAGGAUUACACCUGGCAGCAGGCGGAGUCCCAGGUCUUUAUCACCGUGCCGCUGAAGGGCGUCGUUGCCGGGAAAGCGGACAUCUUCUGUGCGGAAGAUUAUUUAAAGGUGAACUUCCCUCCAUUUCUCUUUGAAGUGCUGUUAUUUGCUUCUAUUGAUGAAUCAAAAAGCUCAGCUAAAGUUGGCAAUGGUGUUGUCAUUUUCACCUUGUACAAAAAAGAAUCUACAAUGUGGGACCAACUUACAACAGUUGAAGUUGAUAAGGAAAAGUUGCGAAAAAAGCGGGAGCGAGCCAUUCUUGCUGCUCAAGAGAAGGCACAAGAAGCUGUAAAAGAAAAAGCAGUUAAAAAGCGACAAAAUGAGAAGUACUCAUUGGAAAAGAUGAUGAAGAUAGAGGACAAGAAUAGAGAACAGAUUGAAGAAUUGAAAAGACAAGAGCAAAGAAAAGCCACUGAAGAAUUAGAAAAGUGGAAACUUCAGAAGUGUGAAGAAGAGGAACUAAAGAGAAAAGUGGAACUAAAGAGAAAGGAGGAAAUAAAGAUUGCAAGGCAAAUAGCUGAGGCAGAACAAAAUAAGAAGAAGAAAAGUGAAAAUAAAGUACAAAAUUCUGCCUCUCAAGCACCACACAAGCACUCUCUCAAAGGAGGCAAUGCUGGCGAUAUAUUUACUGAAAACACGAAGGAAAAAAUCAUACCAUGUCCACGUUCACCGGGCACUAUACAAAUACAAUUCACACCACGGGUUUUUCCGACUGCGCUGCGAGAAUCCCUCAUUGCUGAGGAAGAGGAGUGGCUAAGAAAACAAGCAGAAGCUAGGCGAGCCAAUAAUGCAGAUGCCCCUGACCUUAAAGAUUUAAAAGAGGAAGAAAAAAAUCCAGAAUGGCUGAAGGACAAAGGGAACAAGCUGUUUGCUUCAGGAGAUUAUCUCGCAGCUAUUAAUGCUUAUAAUUUGGGAAUAAGAUUGAACAACAAACUUCCAGCUUUGUAUCUAAAUCGGGCUGCAACCCACCUCAAGCUAAGAAAUUUACACAAAGCCCUUGAAGACUGUUCCAAGGCACUUGAUUUAUUAACUCCUGCAGUUCCAGACAAUGCUGAUAGCAGAUUGAAGGCCCAUGUUAGAAGAGGGACAGCAUUUUGUGAGUUGGAAUUGUAUGUGGAGGGUCUUCAAGAUUAUGAAGCAGCUCUCAAGAUUAAGCCAGGCAACACUACAAUACGAGCGGAUGCAGAGAAGAUACGUCGAGUGAUUCAAGGAAAUCCUCCUGAACCGUGAAAGCAAUAUGAAAAAUGUCUCGGAUUAAUAGAUAGUUAACUAUCAUAUUUCUAUCUUUUUCAUUUUUGUUAAGACUUACAAAGAUUUGUAAUUCAUGACAGCAUCAAAACCAGGCAUCUUUUGACUUUCUCAGGGGAUUCUGAAUUUGUCGUAAGGUGACAAUAAUGUUUAAAUAAGAUGGUCAGCAUUCAAUAUUGGUGCUAUUCUACUUGCAUGAAGUAAAGUUGAAUGCUAUUUUGGAUUCAGGAACAUUCAUUUGCGAGCUGAGCAUUGACUAGGCAGAGUGAAGGAGAUGUAUUUCUAUUCCUUUAUCUAAGUAAGAUUGCCGGUUACCAUGUUGCCACCAAAAAACAAGUUUUUAAGAAUAAUCACACAUUUUGUUACACGUUCCAGAUCACAGAUUUUCAUGCACCGGGGACCUUAUUUGUCACUCUUCCAAUGCACAGAGGAGGAAUUAUUUGUUUUCUCGGUCAAUAUGUUGCACAGAAACUUACUACAGAAACUAGUUCAGCACUUUUUGGGACCAAAUAAGACCUGAGUUCAAUCAUGAUCUGUCUGUGAGGAGGUUGCACGUUCCCCCUUUGACUUCCUGGUUUCUCCCGGUGUUCCAUUUUCCUUCCAUCUCUCAAAAACGUACAAGUUGGUUGGUUAGUUGGUUGCUGUAAAUGAUCAAUAUUGUGUAGAUAGACAAAAAAUGCACGGGUAACUCAGCAGGUCAGGCAGCAUCUCUGGAGAAAAGGAAUAGCUGAUGUUUUGGGUCAAGAUCCUUCUUCAGAUCCUGAUGAAGAGUCUUGACCCGAAACGUCACCUAUUCCUUUUCUCCCGAGAUGCUGUCCGACCUGCGGAGUUACUCCAGCAUUUUGUGUCCGUCUGCAGUGUAAACCAGCAUCUGCAGUUCCUUCUUGCACCUAUUGUGCAGUAUAGGUGUAAGAAGUAGAAUUCUAUUGAGUAGAAUCUGAGGGUAGAGAGGGCUGAUUGGAUUUUGUAGAGAAUUAAAUACACUAGGAUUAGUAGAAUUGGGUGCUUGGUGGUUGGCACAGACUCGAUGGGCCAAAGGGCCUGUUUCUGUGCUGUGGCUAUUUUACCCCAAGAGUCAAAUCUUUAAUGUUUCCUGUUCAUUUUUGUCAUUUUUGUAAGCAGUCUAAGAUGCUACUGAUAUUUGUCAAACAACAAUAAAUGUUCAUAAAGUUUU